AUGGAAGACCAAUCCCCAACCCCAUCCCCACCGCCACCAUCACCUCCGCUCAAUACAUAUACGUUAACAGCAUCUUCAGUGUCUUACACCAAAUUGACCACAACAACACCUACUUCCCUUACUGGCUAUUUCCUUUUCAAACCUUGCACUUCAACGCCCCCAACUUACAUCCUCCGGGAUGUCUCCUUCACCGCCAACCCCUCACAAAUCCUUGCCAUUGUUGGCCCAAGUGGAGCCGGAAAGUCCACUCUCCUCGACAUUCUAGCAGCGCGAACAUCACCAACAAAUGGCACUCUUCUACUCAAUUCCACUCCGAUAAACUCUUCUUCAUUUCGAAAGCUUUCUGCUUAUGUUCCUCAGCAUGACGCAUGCUUGCCAUUACUCACUGUAGCUGAAACUUUUGCUUUUGCUGCUCGGCUUCUUGUUCCUAAAACAUCAGAUAUUGGCACCAUUGUCACAUCUCUUCUAUCAGAGCUAAGGCUAACGCACUUGGCUAAUACCAAGCUCGCUCAUGGGCUGUCGGGUGGUGAGUGCAGGCGUGUUUCAAUAGGUCUAAGUCUCCUCCAUGACCCUUCUGUGUUACUACUUGAUGAACCCACUUCAGGCCUUGAUAGUACUUCAGCUUUCAAUGUAAUGCAGAUCCUCAAAUCAAUAGCUGCUUCACGUCACCGCACUGUUGUUUUAUCCAUACAUCAACCAAGCUUCAAGAUUCUUUCCACCAUUGAUAGAAUCCUCUUGCUAUCAAAAGGGACUGUGGUGCACCAUGGUACACUUUUUUCACUUGAAGCAUUCUUGCAGUCCAAUGGGUUUACCGUCCCUCCUCAGCUCAACGCCCUCGAGUAUAUCAUGGAAAUACUAAACCAGCUGCAUGAGAGCAAACCAAUUACACCGCCAUCACUUCUUCCAUCACCAGAAGACUCUGCAACUCCUAACAAUAAUGAAGCAAGUGAUAUCAGGUACCGAAGCUCAAGACUACAUGAAAUCUGCUCUUUAUAUAACAGGCUUUGGAAGAUUAUUUACAGAACAAGGCAGCUUCUUUUAACCAAUGCAUUAGAAGCUCUUAUCGUGGGUCUUGUUUUAGGAACAAUCUACAUUAAUAUUGGUUAUGACAAGGAAGGUAUAGAAAAAAGGUUUGGUCUCUUUGCCUUCACUCUCACCUUCCUUCUCUCCUCUACAACUGAAACCCUUCCAAUCUUCCUUAAUGAAAGGCCAAUUCUGCUGAAGGAAACUUCAAGUGGGGUUUAUAGACUCUCGUCUUACCUCAUAGCCAAUACCCUUGUCUUCUUGCCAUAUUUGCUUGCCAUUGCGAUCAUAUAUUCAACCUCUGUCUACUUCUUAGUGGGUCUAUGUGCUUCAUGGCAAGCUUUUGCUUACUUCGUUUUGGUCGUUUGGAUCAUAGUUCUCAUGGCAAAUUCUUUUGUCCUCUUCUUGAGCUCUCUUGCACCAAAUUAUAUAGCCGGCACUUCACUUGUAACAAUACUUCUUGGUGCUUUUUUCCUCUUCUCUGGUUACUUCAUCUCCAAGGAUAGCUUGCCCAAGUACUGGCUCUUCAUGCACUUUUUCUCAAUGUACAAGUACGCACUUGAUGCCCUCCUUAUCAAUGAGUAUUCUUGCCUUGUAUCAAGGUGUUUUCUUUGGUACAAUGAAACCAAGACUUGCAUGCUAACAGGAGCUGAUGUAUUACAAAAGAAAGGGCUCCAUGAGAGGCAGAGAUGGACAAACAUCUACAUCUUGGUUGGGUUCUUUGUGUUCUAUCGUGUGCUUUGUUUUCUGGUUUUGAUCAGAAGGGUUUCAAGAUCAAAGAAAUGAAGACUAUACAGAAAUUAGGCAUCAACUGUCACAUUUAAUUUUUUUUUUAAAUUUUCGCCUUUAUUUUCUGUGUUAUGUCCCAUUCCUUCUAUCCCUUAUUCACAAAUCAUAGUCACUGUAAUGGCUGCUUUGGAUAUUUCAUUUUAUUUAUCAAACAAGUAAAACUUCAAACUCAAUUAUGCUAUAAAUUAGGUUUGAUUCUCCAUGCAUGUUAACAUGGGGCAGAUACUUUAAA